UGAGCUGUUAAAGAUAGCCUCCUGCUAUGUGUACAGAUGAGUGACAGGAUGACGUGCUGCAGCUUGUAGACCACAGCGCUGUGGCUUCACUAAGAACAGAGCAGCAAACAUCACGCCACGCCUACGAGCUGCACUACCGGCUGGAGUCGAGCACUUCUCUUUCUUCUUCCUUGGGCUGCUUUCUGUUCUUUCUGCGUCUCGUCUAACUUUUAUUUUUGUGGCUAGCGGCGGAGAUGGCGGAGCUGGAGGGUUUGGAGUUUGGGAAGUCGGACUUUGUGCUGCUGGAUGAGGUGACGAUGGAGCAGUUUAUGGAGAAUCUGAAGCUGAGGUUUGAGAAGGGUCGUAUCUACACCUACAUCGGGGAGGUGGUGGUCUCGGUGAACCCGUACAGACAGAUGGACAUCUACGGUAAAGACACCAUCGAUGCCUAUCGAGGUCGGGAGCUCUAUGAAAACCCUCCUCACCUGUACGCCGUGUCGGACGCCGCCUACAAGGCCAUGAAGAGACGAGCCAAGGACACCUGCAUCGUCAUAUCAGGUGAAAGCGGUGCAGGAAAAACAGAAGCCAGUAAGUACAUCAUGCAGUACAUCGCCGCCAUCACCAACCCCAGCCAGAGAGCAGAAGUGGAGAGCGUGAAGAACGUUCUGCUGAAGUCCAACUGCGUGCUGGAGGCCUUCGGGAACGCCAAGACGAACCGCAAUGACAACUCCAGCCGCUUCGGCAAGUACAUGGACAUCAACUUCAACUUCAACGGAGACCCGACCGGAGGGCACAUCAACAACUACCUGCUGGAGAAGUCCAGGGUGGUGCAGCAGCAGGACGGAGAGAGGAACUUCCACUCCUUCUACCAGCUACUUCGAGGAGGUUCAGAUGAAAUGUUGGAGUCCUUCCACCUUCAGAACGAUGCUGCUGCUUAUAUUUACACCAGAGAAGGAGCUGCAGCCACCACGUCCAACAACGACCGGUCGAGCCACAAAGCGGUGAUGAACGCUCUGGGCGUGAUCGGCUUCUCAGAGGAGGAGAUUUCCUCCAUUUACCAGAUCCUGGCCUCCAUCCUGCUGCUGGGUAAUAUUCAGUUUGAGAGCGACGGUGAGAACGUUCAGGUUCUCGGACAGGAAGCCGUGAAGCACAUCUCUGAGCUGACGUCCACAGAUCCAGACAGCGUCACUAAGAGUCUUCUGUUCCGAACGGUGGCGACCGGCGGAGGAGAAGUCAUCGAGAAAGGACACAGCGAGCAGGACGCCUGUUUCGGACGAGACGCCUUCGCCAAGGCUCUCUAUGAGCGGCUGUUCGGUUGGAUCGUGAGUCGCAUCAACAGCAUCAUCGAGGUGAAGGACUACAACCCGGUGCUUCAUGGGAAAAACACAGUGAUCGGCGUGCUGGACAUCUAUGGCUUUGAGAUCUUUGACAACAACAGCUUCGAGCAGUUCUGCAUCAACUACUGCAACGAGAAGCUGCAGCAGCUUUUCAUCGAACUCAUCCUGCAGCAGGAACAGGGAGAGUAUCAGAGGGAAGGAAUCACCUGGCAGCACAUCGAUUACUUCAACAACCAGAUCAUCGUGGACCUGGUGGAGCAGCCUCACAAAGGCAUCAUCUCCAUCCUGGACGAAGCGUGUCUCAGCGUGGGCAAAGUGACCGACACCGUCUGUCUGGACAGCAUGGACACCAAACUGUCUCAGCAUCCUCACUACACCUCACGAAAGCUCAGCCCCACUGAUAAAACCAUGGACUUCCAGAAGCACUUCCGGAUCCGACAUUACGCCGGAGACGUCACCCGAGCUGUCGCCUCUCGUCUUCUGCUUCCUGGUGGCAGCGUCUCCUGUCCCAUCCCAUCUGAUCCUGACCGGCUAAAUAUACCCUCGUCCUCAGCGGCCGCCGGCCUCCUUUCACCAGCGAACCGUCUCAGCUCUGACCUACUUCCUCCUCCUUCCUCACCUGCCUCUGAAUUCCCGGCAGGGUUUCAACCUGCACAUACAGCACUUUGAGGGAAGAUGUAUCUCAGCCACAGCUUCAUGUACGAGACAUCUUCUGGAUCUCACCUCGUCCUCGGCCCUGUCCCUGACCUUCAUACAUAAAUAUACGUCCCCGUGACGAUGCCCUGGUCUCUGGAGGCGGCUGUCUGUCCUGUCCUUGUUGUUGUGUUCCUCUGUUCCUUCACACUCUGCCUCUCGUGGUGAGUUUUCCCAGGUCAGGCGGCUUCGUGAGCCAAGAGGACACAUCUGUCAUCGCUAGCCUGCAGAUGUGACAGCCGAGGACACAGUCAGAGACAUGCAGCCGACAUGUGACGUGUUUUCAGUCCGUUAUGAGGCCAAGGAGAGCUCUAGCAGAGAGAGGAAGCUGAUUUACUCUAGUAGGACGGUUUAUAGGUGCAGCAGAUAUAGAAAUGUUAGAAAGUUUUCUCGUUUUAGUGAUUCUGAAGGCUGAAUCAUGGUCUGAUGAUUUGAUAUUUUAGACAAGAAUUCACAAAAAAGACUCUGUUAUUCCAAAGGGACAACAGGUUUCUAAAACAUACUGUCAGUUAAUUAAAAAUAUAAACUGUAAAGUGCAGCUAGUUGGUGCUAAAAGUCAUAAAAUGAAUGAAAUAAAGAUGAUUGAUUGUAGAAUAAAGACUCUUGGAUCUGGUGGAUCAGUUCUCCUGGAUAGAACUACACCAUGAACACUAAAGAACCAAGAAACUCUGAGAAAAGGUUGUUGAAAAGCAUCAGUCAGGACGAUACGAGAACAUUUCCAAGUUCCUGAAGAUCUCCUGGAGUCCAGUUAGAUCCAUCAUUAAGAAAUGGAAGGAAGAUGGUACAUGAAUAAAUCUGACUAAAGCAGGACAUCCUCAAGACUUGAGAGACUAGAGAGGGAGGCCACCAAGACUCCUAUGACUCCUCUGAAGGAGUCUUGAACCUUCUAUCUUCCACCACUGAUCUCCCACUAAUCCUUUUAAAUACGUCUGUUUAGAUUCUCAGAUCGUACGAAUCUUCAGCGCUUCAGUGAGAAGCACCUGGACUUCUGUUUUGGUUCUUUGGUCUCACCUUCAUCCGAGAGGCUUCUUCAGCUUCUUCACUUCUGACGCUUUGUUGAACCAACAGCUAUAAACUGUAAAAAAUAAUCCAUUAAGAGCAUAUGAAAAUUUGAGGCAGUGCCAGAACAAUACGUUAAAAACAGUGAAAACAGCAAAUAUCUGUAAAAUGAAAUAUUUUACUGUAUAUUCUCAGUUUGCUGCUUUGACUCAUAUUAAAACUCUUUUAUCACAGUUUUCCUGCAUAUAAAAGAUGUUCUGUUUAAAGUGGUGAAGCUUCCAGUGACUGAGGUUCAUUCAUCCUACUGGUUUAUGGAACUGAAGCUGCUUCUGAACCAAACCAGUAGAAAAGGCAGAGAUUAGGUCCUUUUAUCUCCAAAACCAGUCCAAAACAGUCUAAACCCAAACCCACAGGCACUCUCAAAACUAGUAAAAGAAAACAAAAAUGUUCACAGCCAAUCCAAAAACAAUCCAACGCCAAAGCCACAAACUAGUCCACAACCAGUCCAAAACCAAAGCGACAAACCAGCCUAAAACUAGUCCAAAACCAGUCCAAAAUAAGUCUAAAAACAGGUCCAUAAAAAGUUUAAAACCAGCCCAAAACUAGUCCAAAACCAAAGCUAUAAACCAGUCCAAAACCAAAGCCAAAGACCAUCUAAAAACAGUUAAAAAACAUCUAAACCAGUUCAAAACUAGUGCAAAACAAGUCUCCAACCUGCAGUCCAGAGCCAUCCUAGAGCUGGUCUAAGUCUGGUGAACCUCCAGUGUUUCCAGUCUGUGGAUGAACUCAGCAGCUGUUAAUCCGUCGCCUGCAGACCGAAUCAUUCAAACUGUGCUACUUUCUGUAAUUUUAGCAUCGUCCUCCUUCUCCUGA